UAUAUUCGGAUGUGAUAUGUCGUGUCCUCGCUCAAUUCAAUUCUCCGCAUUGCGCGUCUCUUUCCCGGAUUUUUGGAAUACGAAUAUAGAUCGUGCGGAUUAUAGGCCCGCAUAUAUCUGUACAUCUCGCGAGAUAGCUGAGACGAAGCUUGCCGCUGUGAAAAAAAGCGUAUUUUGCAAAAAUUUGAAACCAUUUUGCACUUUGCUAUUUAAAUGUGUGAGAUUGUUUCAGCUUCACACGAUGAGUUCAUCCGCCAUUUCGAUGAGGCACAGGCGAAAAUAUUAACGGGGACUCCCUCAAUUCGGGAGCGGGGGCUAGAGGAUAUCGUCUACUUGCUGAAAGAGUACCAAGGAAAUAAAAAAAACGUCUUAGAAUACAUGAAAACAUGCGUUAUGCAGAUGGUGUUACAUGCAGACCGGGUGUACAGAAAGAUGGGCUUUCAGACAAUCGGAGCCAUGGUUGAACAUCGAUACUUCGACAAUUACGAUCCUGUGCUUCAAGAUGCUGUCUCUAAUUGCUUAGAAGAUUCGGAUUUGACGGUGAGACACGCGGUGGCGGAUCUGUUGGACGUCAUGACUCGCGCUUACGGACCAGUAGUUUGGGAAAGGUUCAAACACAGUUUGCUACUAAUAAUAGAAAAAAAUUUGGAAAGACCUGAAGAGGCGGUUAUUAGAACUGACACUGGAAAUUUGGUCCACCUCUAUCUCCACGAUACUCAAGGAUACAAAGCUCUGGAAUCCGCCGUGAGAUCCAUAAAAAACAUUGCGAGGGCUUUGGGGCCGAAAUUUUCGAGCCAGAUUUCUUAUCCCUUCCUAAAUUUGGUGAACAAGUUACUCUGUCAUCAAAACCGCUUUGUCCGCGAAACAGCAUUUGGCAUUUUAGAGGUGUCGUUCGAGAGCGUUAUGACGGACGAACAAAUUUUGGAGUACACGUCACGAGCGGCCGAGUUUUUGUCUCUCGGCCUGGUCGAUCCAUGGGGACAUGUGGUUCUGGCGACGUCGAGAGCCAUGAGUGCUUUGGGACUGAAACUUUCGUCGCUUGCAAAAAAAGAAUACGAAACACAGUUUAAAAAAUCCGUUUCUGAUGGCACUAUUCUAACGACAUUGGACCAAGAUUGCAUCGCUCGUGGUGCUCGUGAAAUGCUUCACGUGUUCCUACAGAACUGCCUGCCGUAUGCAUAUUUCAACCGUCAUUCGCCCGCCACGGGAAUUUGCAACCAAUCUCGACGAGUGUGGAGCAUUUUGACCCAUUCUCAGGGCCGGCAGCUUGUAUCCACCUAUAUUCGAGAAACGGUUGACACCCUUUUCUUUCUUAUGCAGUCAGACGUAGACACACAAAGAGAAAUGGCUUGCAGGGCUGUCCAAGAAUUAUUCGAAGGAUUUUCUCAGGACACGCACGACCCUGCUUACUUGAUUCUGCAAACAAGGUUGACUGAGUUCUGGAAGCUGUUUGAACCGCUCCUGACUGAUCGAAGCUGGGCGGUUCGCGAAGAUGCUUGUCAUGCUUCUCAAUACAUAUUUUCGUACCUAACAAAAACACAAAUUGAAAAGUUGUACCAAAUACUCUUAGAGCGCAACGUGGACUCAUUCUCGUCUAUUCGCGAGGCCGCUGCAGCCAGUCUCAGCAAGCUUGUGCUUGCGCAUCCUUCUUACUUACCUCUACUUGUUGACCGUCUGAACGCGCUGUUACCUUCUAUCUUGAGUCAGCCCGACGAUUUGCACAUCGUUCCUUCUGUCGAGUCUUCUUUCGGGCCUAUCACCAAGCGUGCUCACGACAACGAUCCUUCUGUUCACGUUAAUCAGGCUUGUUUUUUGUGCGAGCACACGUCCCCUUCCGACCCUUCGGAGCAUUCUGUGAGGCCCCCUGAACCGUGGGAAAAGACGCACGGAGCCAUCUAUUUGAUAUCUGCGCUCUAUCGUCAAUGGAACGACCAAGUAACCCUUUCAGCUCAUUUGUCUGAACUCGCGAGUAUUCUGAGCCGAUUCAAGCGCAAUUUCUCACGAGUGGAUCUUUUUAUGUCAACUACCUGGCAACAGCUUCACUCAUUGUUUCGUCAUCGCAUCUCUGCUGACUUACCUAUGGGACAAAUUGAGUCCGAUGCCUGGGCGUUGUUCAUAAGCGCACUUGAUUCUUCUGAUGAGAGGUGCUACAGUUCUAGCCUCACAACCGUCUCUGUGCGAAGCUUCUUAAACCAUCUUCGCGACACUCUUUCGAACGACUAGUUUCUGGAGGUGCGCGUCCGUCGCCUACGUCUCCUUCAGGCGAGGGCAGGGUUUUUUGUUCGUAACGUCUCUCGAAGAUGUAACGAAUCGUAGAGCAUUGUAUCUUUUGUGAAUUUCGGAAAAAGGGGCUAUUUUGGUCUCUUGUCGCUCUUUUAGGUUUGUGCAACGGAUCUAAAGCUGUGGACGAUCUGGCCGCUCUCGUCGACGCUGGUCUGAAGCGAGGCCGAGUUACACGCUUGUGAAAUGUGCUACUUCGCCGCGUUCGAUUCACAGGUGCAGCCUUGUGGGGGGCCGACGCUUGCCAGGCGCAUUCAGCAGCGGUGUGCACAUCACAGCAAGGUGCGUUUGUGUUUUUUUUUCUGCCUCGAAUUUUUUUUUUGCGAUACGGCUGAGCUGAUCAGAAGGAGAACGAAUUAAAUUUGUCCGAGCGCCGUGCGAUGCGUAUCCUUGAGGUUGUGCGCAAGUCCAAUCUCUGGCGUGGGGGCCGGCCGCGUUGAGGGGAGGCGAGGUGAUGUUGGCUGAACCAAGGCACAGUUAAUUUUGGACGUCUUCAAAAAAAUAGCGAUUUAUCCGCUCAUUUUGGAUAGAAGGAGGAAGGGUUUUAACAUUUCUUGGUUAACCCUUGCCUUUCAAGGCGGCGUUUGUCGGAAGUUUGUAUUUAUUUUUUCUGUGUGAUGUCUUAUUUCGCAUGUAGAAGGAUCCUGUUUUUCCGGAAGUUCUCCCCGAAGGACACCUCGAAGGUGCCGACGAGUGCGAAGAGUCUGUAUACGGUGACUGGACAAAACAGGUAUUUAGCGGAUGCUCAGAAAAGAUAUGCAUGUUAUUUGAACAAGGUCACGCUGCUAGGAUAUGUGGGUGGGGAUCCUGAAGUUCAUCAAUUCUCUGAUGGCACCAUCACCACAUUUAGCUUGGCCGUGUCGAAUGGAUACACCAAGAAAGCUACCGGUGAGCGGGUGGAUUACACAGACUGGUUCAAGGUGUGCAUUUACAACGAGAAACUCCAGGAGAUUGCGUCUCAGUUGAUAGGCAAGGGCGCACGUGUGUACCUCGAGGGGCAGUUGAGGAACAGAAAGUGGACGGAUUCCGUGGGACAGGAGAGAAUGUCGGUGGAGGUUCAGCUGCGUCACAAGUCCGAGCUCAUCGUGUUGCAGAGGCCGGCGUUUCCCGCGCCGCCGACGGCCCAGGGCGGGGAUUCCCCCCGACUUGAGGAGGAGUAGGUUUUUGGGAGAAAGGAGAGUGAGUGGGGGACGCGAGGGGAGCACGUACACAAAAUGAAAAUUCGUUAUUUCUUUAGAGGGAA